AUGCGGGGCUACCUGUCCCUUCUGCCUGCUUUCCUGGCACUCUGGGCUAUUGCUGGUGUCUGGAUCGUGUUUGGAAUCUCGGUGGCCAACAGGUCUGUGGACCUCUCGGAAGGCUUCCCCUUCAUCAGCGUCUGUGGAUCCGACCCCCCGCAGAGCUGCCUCUUCAGCCAGGUGCUCAAUGCGGGAGCUGCCAUGGCUGCCUGGAUCUGCAUUGUGCGUUACCACCAGCUCCGGGACUGGGGCGUCGCAACGUGUCACAACCAGUCGAUCCUGUGGUUGGGACUCCUCUGUGCUCUAGGGACGUCCAUAGUAGGCAACUUCCAGGAAAAACACCAGAAGCCCAUACACCUGGUGGGGGCCUUCCUGGCCUUCAUCAUGGGCAACCUUUACUUCUGGCUGCAGCUCCUUCUGUCCUGGCGGAUGAAGGGCCAGCCCCAGCCCGGAGCCCCCUGGAUCUGGCUGCUGCGCCUGACCCUCUGCAGCCUCUGCUCCAUCCUCACAGUGGCCAUGAUCAUCCUCUACUUCUGGCCGCCGCGCUCUGCCUCAGCUAUCUGUGAGUGGGCCGUGGCCAUGCUGCUCUUCACACUCUUUGGCCUCUUCGCUGUGGACUUCUCCAUCCUGGACAGCUGCAGCCUGAGCCUUCAGCCUCAGCAGGACCUCAGUCCCCCGCCAGGCUCCCCUGUAUCCCUGCAGGUCCAGCUGUAG